AUGGAUUCAACGAGUCGCCUUUCCUUGAUCCAUAUUAUCAUCUUCUUUGUUUUCUCUUCUUAUGUCAUACCAAACCCAUAUGUAGCUUCUGUCACUUUAAGUAUUGACACAGAUAAACAAGCCUUGAUCUCCAUCAAAUCUGAAACAAGCACCCAACCCCCAGAUGCUUUAGCUACGUGGGAACCAAACUCCUCCCCAUGCAACUGGACACGAGUGUCAUGUGGUGAAGGUGGCCGGAGAGUGGUUGGUCUUGACCUCUCGGGGCUUCAGAUACCUGGUCCACUUAGCCCCGACAUCGGAAACCUAUCCAACCUGACAUCACUUCAACUCCAAAAUAACCGAUUUGUUGGAAAAAUUCCUGAAACAUUCACCAACCUUUUUCGCCUUCGAAUCCUCAACAUCAGCACCAACAACAUCGAAGGAAACAUCCCAGCAAACAUAAGCCGAUGCAUCCAGCUCAGGGUUGUUGACUUCAUGCAAAACCAACUUUCUGGUUCGAUUCCUGAAGACCUCACACGCCUCGUUAAUCUUCAAACUCUCAACUUGGCAAAAAACCAUCUUUCUGGUUCUAUUCCACCCUCCAUCGCUAACCUUUCUUCACUCUCCACUUUAAACUUGGGAACCAAUACACUUAGUGGCCCAAUUCCUAGCGACUUGUCUCGUAUUCCGAAUCUAAAGAAUCUUGAUCUCACCAUCAAUAAUCUCACCGGCACAGUUCCUCCAUCCAUUUACAACAUGUCUUCGCUUGAGUCUAUAGCUUUGGCUUCUAACGAUUUGUGGGGUGAUAUACCUUACAACGUUGGGGAAACACUCCCAAAUCUUUUGGUUUUCAACUUUUGCAUCAACAGAUUCACAGGCACUAUUCCGGGUUCGUUGCACAACCUCACGAACAUAAGAAUCAUCCGAAUGGCGCAUAACAGAUUGCAUGGGACUGUGCCACCGGGACUAGGGAACCUCCCUGAGCUAGAAAUGUAUAAUAUCGGGUACAAUAAUAUUGUUAGCGAACAAGGUGAGGGUCUUGGUUUCUUGAAUUCUUUUGUAAAUAGUACAAAGCUUGAUUUCCUAGCUAUUGAUGGCAACCAUUUUGAUGGUGUUAUUCCGGAGUCCAUAGGCAAUCUUUCCAAAACACUUAGAAUCUUGUACAUGGGUUCGAACAGGAUAUCAGGUAGAAUCCCACCCUCGAUUGGUCAACUAAAAGGCUUAGGUUUGAUAAACAUAAGUUACAACUCGAUAUCUGGUGAAAUCCCGUCGGAGAUAGGCCAAUUGGAGAACUUGCAGGUGCUUGUUCUAGGAAAAAAUAGAUUGUCUUCGAAUAUCCCAAAUUCAUUGGGUAAUCUUCGGAAUUUGAGUGAAAUUGAUUUUUCAAGUAAUGAGUUGGAAGGAAGCUUACCUAUCAGUUUUAGGAAUUUCGAAAAGUUAAUUUCCAUGGAUUUGUCGAUGAAUAAGUUUAAUGGGAGUAUUCCAGGUGAAGUUCUUGAUCUCCCAAGUUUAACCACCAUCCUCAAUCUUUCUGGCAACUCAUUAACAGGCUCUUUGCCUCGACAAAUCCAGAGUCUCGAAAGAGUGGUAGCAAUUGAUCUCUCCAACAAUAAUUUAUCGGGUAGCAUUCCAGAGUCGAUCCAGAAUUGUAAGAGCUUGGAGCAGCUGAUCCUCUCAAAGAAUUCUCUCUCAGGCAAUAUUCCAAAUAGUUUGGGUGAAAUAAAAGGUUUGGAAACACUCGACCUCUCUUCCAAUCAACUCUCCGGUUCUAUCCCUGUCGAGCUUCAAAACUUGAUGGCCCUCCGGUUUCUAAACCUUUCGUUCAACAACUUGGAAGGGAAAGUUCCUAGUAAUGGGGUUUUCUCAAAUCUCACAAGUGUUCAUCUUCAAGGCAAUCAAAAGCUAUGCUAUGAUUCCAAAUGCACAAAAGGUGAUAGUGACACCCACAAAGCAGUUGUGAUCUCAGUUGUCGUAAUCUCUUCACUAGUAGCGAUAUUGAUUCUAUCAAUCGCUUUGUUUUUCUACUUCCGUAGAAACAAUGUUAUGAUCAUGGACAGUUCUGAUUCCUUCAAGGGCCAACAUAAAAUGGUGACAUAUGAACAGCUACGUUCAGCAACAGGGAACUUCAAUGAGGACAACCUGAUUGGACGUGGGAGUUUCGGGUCUGUCUACAAAGGGUGUCUCAACCUCGAAGGAAGAUCCAUGGAAAUCGCUGUGAAGGUUCUUGACAUGGAAACCACUGGAUCAUUGCCUAGCUUCUUAGCCGAAUGUGCAGCGCUGCGACAUCUCAGGCACCGGAAUCUUCUCAAGCUGAUUACUUCCUGCUCCAGUUUGGAUCACAAGAAUAUGGAUUUUCUUGCGUUGGUCUAUGAGUUUGUGAAGAAUGGGAGUUUAGAGUACUGGAUCCGGAACAAAAUGGGUUUUCUAGAGAGAUUAAAGGUGGCAAUUGACGUAGCGAGUGGAUUGAGUUAUCUUCACCAUGAAUGUGUGGUGGCUCCGGUGGUGCACUGUGAUCUAAAGCCAAGCAAUGUUCUGCUAGAUGAAGAUUUGACUGCAAAAAUCGGAGAUUUCGGGCUUGCUAGCAUGUUGGUUGACAAAGAUAAAUCUUUUAGCUCUUCCCAUGUUCUUAAAGGAUCCAUGGGUUACAUACCUCCAGAGUAUGGAAUGGGAGCAAAACCAUCGACCAAAGGAGAUGUGUACAGUUACGGUAUAAUGCUGAUGGAGAUUUUCACCGGGAAGAGCCCAACAGAUGAGAGCUUUGUCGGUGGUUUGAGUUUGAAAACUUGGGUGCAGUCUGCUUUUCCGGCUGAUUUGGAUCAAGUGUUGGAUCCUGAAAUGCUUCACCAAAAGGAUGAGUCAUGCUCGGAUGGUCGAACCAGGAGCCUGAAGAUACAACUUGACUGCCUCAAAACGGUCAUUGAGAUUGCGGUUUCUUGCACCAACAAUUCUCCGGAACGACGGAUCACCAUAAUUGAGGCUCUCCGCAGACUCAAAUGUGUUCAGGAUCUGUUUCACAAGCAUAGUAGCUAA